ACUUCUCCAUUGUACCCCUUACCUCCAUAUCAUUCUUCAAUCAAAAACUAAAUCCACCAAAAAAACAAAAAAGAAGAAAAGAAAAGAAAGAACAAUGGCAAUAAAGAGAUCGAGCAAAGCAACGUUGUCUCAAACAGCAUCUAUCAAGCAAAUGGUAAAGAGAUGCUCGAGUCUAAGAAAGAUGAAGAACCAAGAAGAUGAUCUUCCUCAAGACGUGCCAAAAGGUCAUUUUCCGGUUUACGUUGGACAGAACCGAAGUCGGUACAUCGUUCCCAUUUCUUGGCUCGACCACUCCGAGUUCCAAACUUUGCUCCGCCUAGCUGAGGAAGAGUUUGGGUUUGACCAUGAUAUGGGUAUAACCUUGCCUUGUGAUGAAGUCUUCUUCAGGUCUCUUAUCUCCAUGUUUAGAUAAAGCUCGAUCUUCUUAGAUUCAUGAAGAUAAAUCCAAAAACAAGAAACAAACAAGUCAGUUUUAAGGAUUUUCUGAUUAAGACGGAAGAACAUGGCUAAGAAGCUUCGUUAGGCAUUAUUAACCCGUUUGGGUUUUUUUCAUCCUUUUUCUUAAACUAAAUUUGUUAGUAAUCUUAAUAUUUUGUA